AUGAAACCAAAGAAUAGGAACAAUCGAGAAGAAGAAUGUCGUAAUAAUUUGGUUGAAUCAUUUGUAGAGCAUCAUUUAACCGUUGAACAAAUUAAAGACAUUUAUAUCGAUUCAAAUAUUAAUUCCCAAUAUCCGGAACGAAGUGAUGGAUUAAACUCCAUUGAAGCACGCAAACGUUUACGUGAUGGUGGCGCUAAUAUCAUCGAAUGUCCACGUAAAAUCAAUAAUGUGAAAUUAUUCUUACGUCAAUUUCUGUAUCGAUUAUGGUUGCUACUUCUUGGUAAGUAA